AGUAGCAGAUGAAGAUAACAACAAUAGAGUUCAAAUAAACAUGUGAGAUUGACAAAUGGUAUGGAAUUAUAAUUGAUGGAAACUAUUGAGAAAUAAUGAGCAAGAUGAAUUUCAAGUGUUUCAUUAUCAGAAAAUAAUUUUUCAAUGGAACAAAAACACUUAUGGUUUUUAAUAAUAUGGAUAUAUAAAUAUAAUUUUUUUCUAUAAUUUAAAGGAGUAUUAUUUUUUAUAAAGGAGAUAUAGAAAAUAAUAUUUGAUUUCUAAUCAAAAAUUUAGUUUUUCUUUAAGGCGUCUGACUGGCGCCGAUUUUUCAAUUAAGCCUUUAUUGGUUUUCUAAGCAACCAACAACCUUCAAAACCCGAAAAAGUCUUUCGGAUUUUCUAAAAAUCCUUAAUUUGAUGAAAAACUAAGACAUAAUUCAAAAAUCGACGCCGGUCAGACGAUGUAGUUUCUUUUCCUCUUUUAAACAAAAAAAUAAUAAACUCUCUAUGCCAAACCGCUAUAAAAAAUCUUAGGAAAUACUCCAGGUGUAACUCUUAUAUACAGAAAACGCUGUAUUAAACGUCAAACGUAAAAUUUUAAUUGCAUUAGUAUCCAAUAAAAGCUAUUAUUUGAAGAUUCGAUUUUCCGACGCUCCUAGAAAACUUACUUAAAAUCCUCGAAAAACCACUUUUGUAACCAAAAGCUAUACAGAUUCUGAAAGGAGAUUUUCAGCUGUCAUUUUGAACUGAACAUGGUCUAAUGUAGAGGAAAGUCUGGGCUAUAAAAUGAGACCACUUCCGGCUCUCCAUGACCUUCCUUGAAAAAAUUAUGAAGCUUUUAAGUUUUUCCUUCAAACCCUAGAAAACCUCAAUUUUUAGGUUCUAAAUUUUUCUCUCCUUUUCUAUAUAUUCAAACUUUUUUCUUAUAUAUACCCUGAUAGAAGAAAGUGUGCUCUUCAAAAAUUUCUUUUUCCAGAAUUUUUCGAUGAGUUUUCUUAGAGAUAUAAGCAUUGCCGCAAAUGCCCUGAAAAACAGAGCCGUGUGUACAAUAUGUGUUUUUCUCACUAUGCGUUUUUUAAUAGUCCCUUCAAUUGGCACACAUUACGACCCCUCGAAAAAAUGGUCCAAUCGAGCUCAAAAUUUUACCACAGAUACUUCAGACUCUAUCUCAGGUUCUUUUUUUUUAAAGCGUUUUCGAUUUCAACUUUCGGCGUGAGAAGGUUUUCAAAGUGAAAAACCAGUUUUUUAUAUGGGAUUUUCAGUAUUUUUCGAAUAUCUCGACAAAGAAAGCAUAUUUUUCAAAAAUAGAAAAAAACGAACCUGAGAUAGAAUCUGAAGUAUCUGUAAUAAAAUUUUGAGCUCGAUCGGACCAUUUUUUUCGGGGGGUCGUAAUGUGACUGGAUGAAAACUGGAGUUUUCCAGAAAACCCAUAGAAAAACACGUCAAAAAAUUCUGGGCAAAAAUAUAUUGAUUUUAUUUUUCGAUGUUCUAUCUCUGGCAUAAAUUUGAACCCUAUCCGACAUCAGCUUCCCCGGUUUCCAAGAUGGUAAAAAAAGAGAGGAGGGUACCCUUAAAUUAGAGGUUGCUUCUUUUCAUUAUUGGGUGGUUGUUAUUACCGUUGAAAUAACCUUUUUUAUAAAUUUUUAUAUUGUAGUUUUUCAAAAAAUUAUUAACUUUUAACUUUUAUGAUUGUUAUAUUUAUUUAAUUCUUUUUAUGUUUUUGUUUAUACUUUUUAGGAUUUUAGUUUCUUUUAUAGGUUUACUUAUAGUUUAUGAUUGUUAAUAGUUGAUUCAUCUAUUAGAAAUACUGGUAUAAUUUUAGUUAGUAUAUUUACUGUUAAUUAUUGAUUUUUAUUAAUGUCAUAUAUAUUUAUUACUUUUAUUUUGAUUGUGUUUUUUUCUUUUAUAAAGUUUGAUGAUUUUAAUUAUUUAAUUAUUAUUUUGUUUAUUGUGGUUCCUCCGUUUUUUCUUUUUAUUUAUAAGUAUAUAGUGGUUAUUAAUUUAUUUAACCCUUCGGCUACGGGUUUAAUUUUUCAGAUACAAUUUACACAAAACGUUUCAAAUAUUGAAACACAUGUUUAUUUAUUCUUAAAAGUUUUGCAGAGUAUGAAAAUCUUUGAAACAAUCAACAAGGCAUAAGCUUACAUCACACUCUGUGCACUGAUAACGUGAGAGUACAUCUUUUCUUUUCGGACGUCUGACAGUGUUGCUGCAGACGACACAUUUUCUCCUAGGUGCUGACUGUGUGUCUGUGGCUGGAAUCGGCGAGAGGAAGUGCCUUGCAGUUAACCUGAGUGGUGCAGUUGUUGAUGAAGGUCGACCCCUGGUUGCUACUCGUUGACUACCAUAUUUUUGGAUAAUAUCCCAAAUUAGUUGUAGGCGAAAAUCAACUAAUUGCAUCGUGUGAUUUGUCCUCAUUUUUGACAAUAUAAAUGCAUUGAGAACUGCUAUAUCCAGUAAGUGAAAGAAGAGUUUUUUAUACCAUUUGAUAGAUUUUCAAUAAUAGAGAGAACAAGAGAAACAAUAGACUUCUGAAUACCUGCAUAAAUAUCACCGCUAACAGUCAGGUACCAUAUAUGAUACUCUCGUAGCCAAAGGGUUAAUUUAAAAUUAGUUUUUUUUAUAAUGUUUGUAGAUGCUUUGUUGUUAGUUUAUUAUUUCAGUUUUAUUUUUAUUUAUGGACUUAGUUCUUUUUAGUAAGUCUUUAUUUUUUAUUUUAUUAUUUUUUAUAUUUUUAUCUAUUAUUUUAAAUAAGGAUUUAUGUUUCGUUGAUUUUAUUCUACUAAUCAUAAGGAUAUUGGAAGUUUAUAUUUUAUUCCUGGUAUUUGAGCUGGUAUUUUAGGAGCUAGUUAAGUUUCGUACAGAGUUAGGAGUUAUUAGUGGUUUAAUUUUAGGUGAACACUUAUAUAAUGCUAUAGUUAGUUACUGCACAUGCUUUUUUAAUAAUUUGCUUUUUUAUUAUACCUGUUGCUGUGGGUGGUUGUGAUAAUUGAUUGCUUCCUUUAAUAUUAAAUUCUUUGGAUAUAGCUUUUCCUCGUUUAAACAAUUUAAGUUUUUGAUUGGUUCCUGUAGCUUUGAUAUUUAUAAUUUUAAGUUUAUUAUUUAGUUUAGGAGCUGGUACUGGUUGAACUGUUUAUCCUCCACUAUCUAAUUCAGUAUUUCAUUUUGGUAGUUCAGUUGAUAUGGCUAUUUUUAGUCUAUAUAUUGCUGGUGUGUCUUCUAUUUGGGUACAAAUUAAAUGGUCAGUAUUUUAUUAUGAAUGAUCAGUAAAAUUUGAUCAGUAUUAAAUGCAAAUGAUCAGUAAAAAAAUUGAAUUGUCAGUAAAAUAAUUCAUGAUCAGUGACUAUUGGAUUUGGUCAGUAAUUUAAUCAUUUUAUCAGUAAAAUAAUGAACUUAUCAGUACCGAAACUAAAAUAUCAGUAAUUAAAUAUGUUUGGUCAGUGAAUCAUUGCAUUUUUAUCAGUAUUUACCGUUCUAGAACGUCUCUCGAUUAUCGUUCUUGUCAUUUUUUUUCUCAUAUUCAGUAUUUUUCAGUAUUUCUGUUCAAGAUGGUGUAAAGAAACUUGAUUUACAAGAAAUUGAUCCAGAUGUUUUGAUUACAGAUGGUUCAGAUACAAUUCAUAAUGGAUUUCAAGCAACUUUUGGAGAAAAACCUACGGUUAUGUGUUGGGCUCAUAUGCGGUGGAAGGUGGUAAAGAAGAUUGAAUCUAUGGUAGAGAAGAUGGGACAAGUGGAUUUGAUAGAAGAUAUUGAAGCGUUACAACUAGCACAAAGUGUACGAAUGUUUACGAAAGCUUCCAAUCUUUUUAUCAAAAAAUGGAACAAGAAAGAACCAAAAUUUAUCGAAUAUUUUCAUAAUCAAUGGUUAAAUUCACAUGAUGGUUGGUAUGAGGACAUUAAACAUUUAACUCCAAGCACAAAUAAUGGUUUAGAAUCAAACAACAGAGUUAUUAAGGAUGAAAAUACAUUUUGUGAACGUCUUCCAUUAUCCAGAUUUAAAAUUUUAACAUUAGAAAUUGUUGAAAAAUGGUCAAAAUCGUAUGAACGAGGUCUCAAACAAUUUCAUGAUAAGCAAACGGUGACAUUAGAUAUAUAUGGACGAAUAGUUAUCAAUGGGUCAAGUUAA